UUCCUUCACUCUACAUUAGUACAAAUAUAAAGUUAGUUUAGGAGGGAAGGAAACAAUGGGGAAGAAGAUGAAGCAUUAUCAAAAUACCCCCAGAUUCGCCUGCCAUUGGACCUUUCUUCUCUUGUCUGCUGCUCUUUUCACCAUUUCCAUAACAGCAAGAGCAGUUCAACCAUUUGAUUAUGCCGAAGCAUUAACCAAGAGCCUCCUUUACUUCGAAUCCCAACGAUCCGGUCGUCUACCCUACAACCAACGCGUCACUUGGCGCGACCAUUCUGGCCUCACCGACGGAUUGGAACAAGGAGUGGAUUUAGUGGGGGGAUAUUAUGAUGCCGGAGAUCACGUCAAGUUUGGACUCCCGAUGGCUUUCACCGUAACAAUGUUGUCUUGGGGUGUCAUCCAAUUCCACAACGAAAUCGCCGUUGCCGGAGAAUUGGAGCAUGCUUUAGAGGCUAUUAAAUGGGGGACGGAUUACUUCAUUAAGGCACACACCAGCCCCAGUGUACUAUGGGCAGAGGUGGGCGAUGGAGACACUGACCAUUACUGUUGGCAACGCCCCGAGGACAUGACGACCUCGCGCCAAGCCUAUAAGAUCGAUCAGAAUAAUCCGGGAUCGGAUCUGGCGGGAGAGACGGCGGCGGCAAUGGCGGCCGCAUCGAUCGUGUUCAAGAAAACAAACCCACAUUACUCUCUCUUACUCUUGCACCACGCCCAAGAGCUGUUUGAGUUUGGGGACAAGUACAGAGGGAAAUACGAUGGAAGCGUAGCGGUGGUGAAGAGCUACUAUGCGUCGGUGAGCGGAUAUAUGGAUGAGCUGCUGUGGGCCGCCGCAUGGCUUUACGAGGCCACCGACAAGGAGGAAUACUUGAAUUAUGUUUUGGACAAUGCUGCUUCAUUUGGUGGCAUUGGUUGGUCCAUUUCCGAGUUCAGCUGGGAUGUUAAAUAUGCCGGUGUUCAAAUUAUGGCCUCUAAGCUGCUGAAGAAAGAAAAACACAAGCAGCACGCUCAUAUUCUGAAGCAAUACCGAUCGAAGGCCGAGUACUACCUAUGCUCGUGUCUCAACAAAAACAACGGUACCGACAACGUCGAUCGAACCCCGGGAGGUCUUCUAUACAUCCGGCAAUGGAACAACAUGCAAUACGUGACCACGGCGGCAUUCCUUCUCACCAUCUACUCUGACUUCCUCCAAGACUCGAACCUAAUCCUCCGCUGUCCUGCUGGAACGGUGGACCGCGAAGAGAUCCUUGGUUUUGUCAAAUCUCAAGUUGGUUACAUAUUAGGUUCAAAUCCCAUGGAGAUGAGUUAUUUAGUGGGUUAUGGUUCGAAAUAUCCCACCAGAGUUCACCACAGGGGUGCCUCAAUAGUGUCCUACAGGGAUAAUAAAGGGUUCAUUGGGUGCACCCAAGGUUAUGACCAUUGGUACAAUCGAGUUGAGCCGAAUCCUAACGUGUUGGUCGGAGCGGUGGUCGGGGGACCUGAUAAUGAAGAUAAUUUUGGAGACCAAAGAGAUAAUUACAUGCAAACCGAGGCUUGCACGUAUAAUACGGCUCCAUUAGUUGGGGUUUUCGCUAAAUUGUUACAACUAGAGGAAAACAAUGAACCAGAAUGGGCUGCCUCUUAUUAGAAAAAUAUAUAUAAAUAUCAAUGAGAAC